UUGUCAUUCCAUUGCUCCAUCCCCGGCGCGGGCGCAUUUUCAUCCAUGGCGCUCCUCCGAAGCGCUCCCGACACCUGGACGGCCGAGGGAGUCCAAUCCUCCUUCUCGGUCGACUUUGCGCCGCCGGAGCUGACAGGAGCGACAGAUACCUGCGGUUGGGGCUGGAGGUUUGGCUGGAGACUCUACAGUGAUCGGCUCAUGGUGUACUUUGACCCGCAUCUGAUCGCAAACGCACACUACGGACGGGUGUCGUGGCAGACACUCGCAAUCGGUCUGCGCGCCGUGCCAGAUCAGGGCUUCGUCUCUCUUGACCUGCCGGUCGGGGCCGUGGCCGCAGCGCCGUACUAUCAGCCACUGGGGAUGCUCAUGGGGUCCUGGCGCACCGUGGUAUCUUCAGAGCCCGGGAAACCCCGCGCGGCACCAGUCUUCAAGAUCACUAUCUCCUUCGCAGGCCUGGCGACUCUUCCCGUUCUCCAACCCGCCGUCAUCCAGACGCGCCUCCCCUUCUCUGCAGAGCCGCUGCCCGCGCGCAUCCGCGCCUGCCUCGUCGACACCAUCCACGGCGGCGAGCUCAUCGACAUCAAGUUUUGGGUGUACUCUCGCGUGGGCAAUGGAUGCGUCUCUCAUCCACGGCCGCUGUACGGAAGCCUCAAGCUCAUGUGUGGCACUUCGAAGCAGUUUGACGAAGAUAUCCACGACAUGUUGAGCGGGUUUUCCGAGUCCGGGCAGACGGAUAUCGCGAACGACGAGGCGCCAGAGGAGAAGUUUGCGGAGUACGAGUAUAUGUCGGACAGCGAUCUCGACGACGAUGAAGAGACUGAGGCUAUCGUCAAUGAAGAACUUGUAGAAACUGCGAACGUCAAGGAGUCCGACACGGUCCUACAAUCAAGCACACAAGCAUCCGUUACCACAUAUCUCCCUGUGAAGCAUCACGACUCUGGUCGCCACGGUCAUCGCAUUGUGAUUAAGGGACAUGCCUACAAUACAUGGAAAGCACUGCUAUACUACCUCUACACUGGGCAAAUCCACUUCCGCGCCCUCAAGACAGCAAAGCAUAGUGGCCCAGUGGGUCCACGAGAAGACGGCGCGCCAGAAUGCUCUCCCAAGUCCAUGUACAAGCUCGCGGACAAGCAUGACUUCCCGGAGCUCAAGUCGCUUGCGCGCGACGCAAUCCUUUCCCAGCUGUCGGCGAACAACAUCGUAACGGAAGUCUUCUCCGACUUCACCGCCAUGUUCGAUGAAAUCAAGGCGACGCAGGUCGCUUUCCUCCGCAAGCGCCUGCACAGUCCGGCUGUCCGCGAGGCGAUGACGGGCAUGCUGCCUCGCCUGUGUGCAGGCCGCGGCUCUUCGGCGUCUGCGGCGGUGUUGCAAGACGUGAUUUUUGGACCGUAG